ACAUUUAGGACAGGUAGCACUGCCGGAGCCCGGACGUUACACCGAGUUGAUGACUUGUAAGGGCUGCUGUUUUCAGUUCCCCAUCCCCUCGUGGGUAGUGGAAACCGAAAAGCUCAGACAAGAAAUAGGAGCCCCAGGAAACUCCAGACUGCCGGUUUCUGACAAGGAGAGAACGUUCAAGAAAAUAGAUGGCAGUGCAUAGAAAACAGUUGCUAGUGAGCGCAAAAAGAUAGCUAGGGUUUGCACUCGGUGUGACCUAGAGGGCAGGACGGUCAUGUUCAAGGGGCGGGAACUCUGGCCAUGGGCCUGCCUGGGGCGGGCCAGCCGGCGGGGCAUUUAAAUCGCUGCCGACACUGGCCGGGACUCGCGCCGGCUCUGCACCCUCCGUAGUCCCAGCUUCGAGUACGGGCGCCGCAAGAUGCGGUCUUCCCUGGCUCCGGGUAUCUGGUUCCUCCGCGCCUUCUCUAGGGACAGCUGGUGAGCAGGGCUGGUCAGGGAGGCUGGGGAGGGAGGCUACCAAGACGCGCAGAGACUUGCUCCGGCGGCGGAUGUCUCUGCGCGUCCCCGGGGUGGGGGAGGGGGUAUUUAGUUCUAUCUGGCAGGGCUCCUUCAGUGGCGCAGGCGUGGAAGGUUAGUAACACAGAACUAUUAAUUCCACUUUAGCCCAGACUUCUGUACAACCCCGGUGAAAAACAGGGUGCCUAGAUUCUUCAUCCUUUCUGGUUUGCCACCUGUAUCUGCAAACACAGGCGCACAGGCGGGUACCUGUAGAGUGCCUCCAAGUCUUAUCUGUGUAUUAAGGAGAUCCGGAUUUGCCUGUAGGGAACCGAGGCCAAGAACUGGUAGGAUAUAAACGGAGCCAGAGAGCUUAGGUCCCCUAUUGACUGGAUUAGGUAACAAGCCAGAAAUCACUGGUUUCGUUAAGCCUGCCUAGGGGGCACCAGUCCAGUCUCAGGGAUACCUAGCUUGAUCAGAUCUCUGGGAUCAGAGCUGCAGCCGCUCCAACACUGGGUGGUCACCCUUAAAAGCAUGAGCUGGCAUUUACAGCAUCUGUCCCCUCGACCACAAGGUCACCCUUAUGUUGGGAAGAAAAGUUUCAGCCACUCUUACUGAACUUUAGGGGCAGUGUACUCAGUUUGCAAGGGAUUGGGAAGGGAGGGUGUUCAAAUGUUUUGUUAGUUACCGUCGUUUAUAAACUCUAAAACUUAACAUAGUUGCUGGCUUCUUUUGAAAAACAGAUGACACAGCAUUGCCAAAUCUAAAUUCUCAAACUAAACUAAGGGUCAUCUUGAGAUUGGGCAGAUACUUAGUGAUCAAUUUGGCCUGGUUUUUAAAAGUGGCAUUUUGUUUCUCGCCCUCUCAGGCUAAUCAUAUACAAAAUCCUUUAGGUAGUUUAUGUGGUCCUUUUAAAUUUUGGAACCAUGAAACAGUUCUGUGUUUUCUGAAAGAUAUAAAAUGACUUUCAAAAGGGUAUAAACAUGAGGGUGAGAGAGUGCAUUGCCCUCAUAAUGAAGGAGCUGGAAGACGUCAUAAUUGGGUAGAAAGAGAACUCAGAGGGGAGUGGAGAGUUCUCGUUUAGUGAAGUGGAUGGCAGCAAUGGGUGCACAAUGUGCUUGCCGGCCCUGACUUUACCUGCCCUGACUUUACAUUGAAAAGUGGUUGAGAUGAUAAGGUUUUAUGCUAUGUAUAUUUUACCACAAUUUUUAAAAUCAUAACACAAAUAGACUCAUUUGUACAUUAAGACUCUUGAAGCUAUAUCACUAGUGGACAUAUUUUCUAUGACCUGUCGAUUAGCUACCACUUCAGAGAGCCCAAGGUGCUCAACGUCAAGAAAAACUAAAAUCACGAUAAAUGACAGACUAGAUUCAGAUUAUCUGGAAGGUGCUCUCUCUUCAAAAUAUCCUUUACUUUAUGACUCCAUUUCAGGUUCUUUUUUAAUCUCUAAGAAAAAAAUUUUGAUCCACACAGUAAAGAUUUAAUCCUUAGAUUUAAUAUCAUUGUUUACUUAUGUCCAGCAAAAGCAUUAAUUAACCAGGUAGACCAUGUUAAAUUUGAACUACUGGAAGUUUCCAUAAGGAAUCUUUAAAAAAAUUUUUUUUAAGAUGUGUGUGUGUGUUUGUGUGUGUGUGUGUUUGUGUGUGUGUGUGUCUGUGUGUGUGUGUCUGUGUGUGUGUGUUUGUAUCCAUCUAUCCUUUGGCAGUGGAGGCUAGAAGUCAGCCUCAGGUGUCUGCCUUCAGGAGCCAUCCAUCUUAUUUUUUGAGACAGGCAGGGUUUCUCACUGGGACCCAGAAUUUACCAGUGAGUUUCACAAAGCUCUCAGUAGCUCCAGCUUGUCUGUGCCUUCCAGGGCCCCGGAGCACAGAUGCAACCACCACCACGUCAGGCUUUUAGCGUGGGCGCUGAGGACGAAGCUCAGCUUGUGCAGAGAGCGCUUUGCUCACUGAGCCACUGCCCUGCUCUUUCAUAAAUAGCCACACGUUGGUUGUUUUUAAAUACUCACUUUCCGAUUUAUUGCCUUGAGAUAAGAUGCCAAGAAACUGUCUUCACCAGAUUUUACCUGCUAUAGAUUUGGGCAAAUCCUUCUUUCUUUACGACUCCUCUCCCCCCUUCCCCUCCAAAAUAUCAUAAGGCUUUUAGAUCUGGAAAACUGACUUUCCUCUCCUGUGAGAUGGAGAACUCAGAAAAGCACUCCCCUUGGAGUGCUCUAUUAGUGUUGGCUCCACACAGGGAGCACCAGUUCCUUCAGAGGGGCCGAUAUAGUUGAUAUUAAAAAGACAUCCUGGUCUAAUACAACACCCAGGCAAGGCCUUGGUUGCAUAAUCAUUUCUAAAUAUGCUCUUGUUAAAAAAGAAAAGAUUCUUAUGGACACUUUACAAAUAGCCACGUCACCCUGUAGAACAAGAAAACUCACUGGAAGUUUCUGCAUUCUGAGGAGUUCAGUUUAAAAAAAACACACACAACGCCUAUUAAAUUGUCAUGGGUUAUGGAUCACCUAAGAGGAAAGAAAAAGGUCUUCCUUAUACUGGCAUCCUGAAAAUGGAGCGCUAUAAUAACAUUUCAAGUGUACGUGACAGUCACACUCUCACUGCUGUGUGAUUACUGAUUGGUGCUGCUCCUGCACAUCCUGCCUUAGCAAUCUCUGGGACAGAAGAGUCUCCCUAACUGUCCACUACUGCGUACUUAGCGUUGUUCAGUGGGACUGUCAGAAGAGUAAGUACUCAGUUCACAGGAAUGAAGAAGCACAAGUUCUAGGAAAAACUUUUAGAUACAACAUACAAAAAAAUAUGAGAUGGGCUGAAGAGAUGGCUCAUUCAUUAAGAGCACUGGCUACUCUUCCAGAGGUCCCAGGAUGUAUUCUCAGCACCCACAUGGCAGCUCACGGCCGACCGCCACUCUCAUUCCAGGGGAUUUGACACCCUCUGACACCAUUGGAACCAGGCAUGCAAGUGGUGCACAAACAUACAUAUACACGUAAAUGCUCGCACGUAAAAUAAAAAUAAAUGCAUCCCUAAAGAAAUAUGAGACUCAUUCACAUAAUAUGCAGAGACUAUAAACAAUAAAAGAGUAAGUUUAGGGUAGGUCCCUAAGCAUCUAAUUUGUAGGUGAGGAUCAGUGGCCUGGGAAGUUGCUGUAUUUCAAAUUAAAGAACUAGAGUUGUAACCUAGGUAACAUUAGCUGGUAGCUGAAAUUACGGCAGACAACACUGCAUGUUGCCAUGAGACAAAGGAACACCAGGAUCAGUGGAAACAUGUGGCUAGGCCUGUAAUUGUCCGAUACUCAGAAAGCUGAGGUACGAGGAUCAUGAGUUCAAGGCCAACCUGGACAAGUAGGGACCCCCAUUUCAAAAAUAGAGAAUAGAAAAAGGCUGAGCUUGCAGUUUACUGGUAGAGCACUUGCCUAGAACACGCAGGACCCUAGUCUCAAUCCCCAGACAGCACAAAAGAAAACAACAACAACAACAACAACAUAGACAGAGACAGCUUUCAGAAAUCUGUGUACUUUAUCAUACAGAAAUUUCUGAACUAUUUACACAAAUAAUGACAUUUUAUCUAUGUGAGUUUAAUGCAGAGAAAACUGCUUUUAUGUUCUGAUUUCCCAGGGCUGCUAACACUAACUGAUGAGCAUUGGUUUGCAAAGCCAUUCUACUUUUCAGCAUUUCCCUUUUUAAAAGGUAGAAGACAAAAUCUAGGUGGCUUUCCAGGAACCCUGAUCUUCACCUGAGCCCGCCCUGACAUGAUCUUAUCACACUCACUUGCUUUCCAGACUUAACCACUUGCACCUACUACCACGCAAGGCAAAUUGCAUUACCAUCCACAAAACACAUCCCACAACCACGCAAGGCAAAUGCUCUACCACCAAGCUACAACCUCAGCCCAAAAUAGCACAUAUCAGGAAAAAUGACGGCGAAUCGUGGUAAAGAACCAGUCACAUGCCAACCUCUCAGUACAGAAAGCACACAAUAUUAUUUAUUUAUUUAUUUAUUUGGCUUUGUUGCCCUAGGUGUGGAACCCAAGGUCCUGGGUAAGCCAAGCAAGUACUCUGCUACUUAGCUACAUGCACAGCCCCGAGUUAGCAAGCUUAGAAGCAGCACUGCACACACGGAGUGUCAAAGGGCCGUGAUUCAUACAUGCACAGUGCCUUUUAGAGGUCAGUUGAAUUGAUUUUGAAGAAAACUGCCUCCUGUGAGUAUGGCUUUGAGCAUGAAGUAUUAAAUAGCGGUAGAAGUAGAAGUCCCUUGGCAUGUAAGGAGCAUGCGGUAACUGUGACUCUCUCUGUCGUUACCAAGGAUCAUUACAGACGGAUGUCAAACCAAUGCACAUUUCCUGUGCUAAAUAAAAUGUAAGCUGAGGUGGAGACAACAGGAUAAGGACUUACAGUGUGAAAGGAAGUUAGAAAUGAACCCUAGGGACAGCAUCAAAAUUGACGUGAAGAUACCAGUCUUGGACUCUUCACCUGUGAAAUACGGGUAACAAGAUACCUACUCGUAAGAUUGCUGAGGUUUAAACGGAAAACAUUUGGAUGGGUGCCAGGCUUGUGUUAAUCCCCAAGAAGCUUUACUACUGACUGUCACUCUAUAAGCGUUCCUUACUACUGUGUACCACGGAUUACUAAUUUGUCUUUUUUUUUUAAGUGAACCGUUAGUUCCCCCCAUGGGACAUACUGGUAACACGAGACACAGAAAGUGUGCAGUUUGUACAGCAUUGUAUUGCUGGCAAAUGACUGGACUGGAGUUGGAUCCAGGUUAAUCUGACUCCUAAGCCUUUCGUCUUCCCACUGUACCCCGAUGAUCAUGUGGGUGGAAAAUAAGAAAUCACCAUCAUUUGUCAUUGUAGACAAACCACUUAGUCUCUCUGAGGCCACAUUUCCGCAGGAUGGAAGGAAAAGGGAAAUACGUUUCUCUCAGGGUAUUAGUAAGAUUAAAUGAAGAGUUUGGUUUUUACAUUUACUCAGUUCUUUAUAUAUAUGUAUAUAUAUAUAUAUAUGUAUAUAUGUAGAUAGAUAAACACACACAUACAUAUACAUAUAUAUACACACAUACAUAUACAUAUAUAUACACACACAUACAUAUACAUAUAUAUAAAAUUUGGGUUCUUUUUUGUUUUUCAAGACAGGGUUUCUCUGUGCAGACUAGCUGUCCUAGAACUAGCUCUGAGACCAGGCUGACCUCAAACCGACUGCCUCUGCCUCCCUGGUGCAUUUGCACCACCUUAGCCCAGCCUGAAAAGAAUAUUUUUAUUUGGAAUAGAAUUGUAUGUCCUUCCCUCCUCACUAUCCUCCCUCUAACUCCUCCCAGCUCCCCUCCCUCAAACCCCUCCCUCAAGUUGAUAGCCUUUUUAUCUUUAAGAUACACAUGUAAACGAAAGGCUUUUUAAAGCACUUAGGCCUCUGUAGUUGGGAUUGGCUAGGCAGCUGAAAUAGUUGUUGUAGAAGGGAUUCACCCACUGGGAGGAGGCGACCUUGAAUCAUUAAAUCUAUCAGUCUUUGUCUGGGUACUGGUUAAUUAGAACUCCAGCCAGCAGGAGCAGGGUGUGCCAGAAAGCAGUCCUUGGAGUGGGACUGUGAGCCGGUGGCACCAGGUGUGUGGAGGGUGGCUGUCUGUGGAGUUUCAGCCCAGGAGGUGUUACUCCACGCCCUGUCAAGACCAAGUAGACCACCACUAAUUCAUGGCACUUCUGUACCACCAAAAAUACUCAGGAGGUCCCUAGCCCUAGGUCUGCCUGAUUCCUUGCCUUUUGUGCCAAUAUCUUCAUGGGCGUGCCUGGGGGCAGCUGGGACAACGGGGGCAUCUUUCCAGAGAGAUGACUGUGGCCGAUGCUUAAAGGGCUGGGUGAAUUUCCCGAGGACUUUUGUGGAGGAGAAAGUCAGGACCUGGAGGAGGGAGCAGGGUGACACAGCAGCUGGAUGAGCAGGAAUGGGUGUGGAGGGAGCCAGCUUUCACAGGCUGGAGGAGCAGGAGCUUGACUCCCACACUGUGUUUUUCCUGUACCUUAAUCUUCCCGUGGAAGCUGGGCAAUGCUGACAGACUGAUCUCUGUGGUGGAGUUGGUGAGGAAGAUAGAGCAGAAAAGUACUCAAACACACAUGGAGAGAUGCUGUCCGUGUUAGAUAUUUGUGCACCCGUUGUGUUUAUCAGCUCUUAUGACAAUUUUAGGCAGUGCUUUUUUAUUGUAAAUAUAAAAUGGAGGCUUGAGAGGUUAAACAGUUCGCUCAAAAGUCACAGUAAGUUAGCAGAACCAGAAAUGAAGGCUCAGCUUCCUUUGGCGUAAAAGUCUGAUGUCCUUUUCCCUAUUCUGUGGCCAGAGGGCUGGAAUCAGAUCUGAGUCCAGAUGGUUCCUGUCUCUCAUCUUAUUUUCCUGCUUCCGUUAAAGAGAUGCUUGAUAAAGCGGCAGAAAGAACUGCUUAAGGGGCCGGAGAUAUGGCUCAGCAGUUAAGAGCACCGACUGCUUUUCCAGAGGUCCUGAGUUCAAUUCCCAGCAACCAAAUGGUGUCUCACAACCAGCUGUAAUGGGAUCCAGUGCCCUCUUCUGGUGUGUCUGAAGACAGCUACAGUGUACUCAUUAGGAGAAGAAAAGGAGGAGGAGGAAGAGGAGGAAGAGGAGGGGAGGAGGAGGAGGAGGAGGAGGAGGAGGAGGAGGAGAAGAAGAAGAAGAAGAAGAAGAAGAAGAAGAAGAAGAAGAAGAAGAAGAAGAAGAAGAAGAAGAAGAAGAAGAAGAAGAAGAAGCAGCAGCAGCUGUUUAAGAAGAGCUGUGGUGAAAGCUGGGGCUGCCCUGUCCUACAGAGGAAUGAUCCCAAGAAUGCUGGAGUCUGAUCAUCUUCCUGUCACCAGCAUGUGACCUAGAGGCCCAUCCCCCACAUCUUUCUUAUUGCAGCUCGAAGCAGCUGGUUUCUGGGUUUCCUCUUUUUCCCCUGGAUGUUUCCUCUUUCCCUUCUUAAAGGAUGGACCCACGUGACACCCCCCCAGCCCCCACCACGUUGAAUGGGUGUCAGCCCAAGCUCUGUGGACUGUCUAGGAGGCAGCAAAUGGCUUGGAGUUGUCUGCAUAGUUGGUCAGGAUCUUUCUUCAGUCAAGCUGUACCAGGACUCACUGAGAUUAGAGUUAGACAGUCCCAAAGUAACACUGGCCACAGGGCACAAAAGCUGUCACGAGGGCAAUGAGCCGGCCCAUAGAGCCCCAUGCUUCUUGUUGGGAUUCAGUGUUAGAUUAGAGAGAUUCGUGGACAUAAGACUGGGUCCCAAGAUCCUUCCCAGAGAAGAAACCACAGGCCAGUAACCACAGGAACUCAGAACUUUCUAGAUGAUGUUUGUGGCUAAGGUAUUACUUAUUCAUUUAUUUAUUGGGAAGAGGACUAUAUAUUUGAGAAGAAAGUCAAACCAAAUAGGGAAGCCCUGAGAGCUCAGAAAGAAUGGAUGCACCAGGCUGUAAGCUGCAGCACAUUAAGGGUGCAAGUUUUUGGGCUUCAGAAGAGCUGGCCAAUAGGGACAGAGCCCUGAAACCAGAUUCCACCCCCAUCUGAUUGUCACUAAGUGAUGGUGGGGGAGUUGGGCCUUUAGUUCUGCAUGCUCAGGAGACAGUGAGGGUGGGGCAAGGACAAGGUCUCCUAAGGGUCCCAGAAGGCCAUCGUCCUACUUCCUUCCCUGAGUAGGACUACAGCUAUGUGGCCGUCGCCAUAUUUAUACCUGUGCUCUUCGGAAAACAGCCUUUGUUGAAAAGUAUGGAACUUUCACCUCUUAACUAGAUGAGCCCUAAGUCAUCUAUCUCCACUCCUCAGAGCAAUAGCUAAGACCCCAGCUAGUGGAAGGAGGAUGAGGAGGACAAGGGGACUGGGAUUCCACAGGCCUGCUCCCUGCCCCAGUAUAGCUUUCUCCUCAGAGGCCUUCCUAGCCUAUCCUGUCCCUGCUCACUCUUGAAUACUGCAGGCAUGACCCAGGACUCUGCCCCUGGGUAUCUGUCCUUGGCUGGCCCUUCCCCACUAGGAUAUCUCCCAGUGUUGGUGGAGGACUUGGUAGAAGGUGACAGUGGUGGCACAGUCCAAAUUGAUCCCGGUCUGGUUGUUACUGUACCCAGCCCUCUAUCCUUUUGAGAACCUGCUGACCCUAGAACCGGCACACCCAGGAACAGGUCACCAGGUCCAUUUCUUCAGGGCAAGUGCCAAGGUCACCUGCAGUCACAUCCUGAUGUUGGUCCUCGAGGCUGUCCCAGGUUGAAGCAGGGGCAGUGGUCAGUGACUGGGAGUGAUUAAAGCCCCAUUGUCUCUUAAGUCAUGGGCAAGGUUAUCAGAGAAGCAGUUGUAGAGCAAAGCAAGAGUCAGGUCUCCUCUGACUGAGGAGAGGGGCCUGUUCCCACCUCUCCACAGAUCAGAGGCUACUCUUGGGGUCGUGAUGGCUUGUUGUGGUAUCGAUGAGGGUACGUAGGGGUGGUGUUUGUUAAUUAUCUCUUGCUAGUGUGGGACAGAUUGUUCCCUGUUCAAGCCCAGAAUCACUCUUAGUGCAAAGUCUUAAUGAAGUGAUAAAGCUAUUAUCGAGGUCUUGGGAAAGAAUAAGUUGGAUUGUCAGCUAAUACUUAGGAGAUAGCUAGUCCCUCUCUAUCUGACUUGGUUAUUCAGUAACCAGCAUAUGGUGGAGGAGGUGGGACUCUAAGAAAGUGCCACCUCUUGCUAACAAAAGAGACUUACAGGGUCAUGGGACAGCUGGCCCUGUGUGGAGUAGUCUGGGAACCUUCCCCCACGUGUUCCUUGACCCCUGGACUGGUUGAUUGCUCAGUCCAGCUCCACACCAGGGCAGCCGUGUGGCUCUCUAGGUUUUCUCCCUGCUCCUCCUAUGGGGCUUCUUGGUUUCUGAGGGAAGGAAGGGCUUGUGAAAAGUGAAACCUGCUGGUCCUGCCCUGCUCAGAGUCCUCAGCUGUGAGCUUGAGUUCCUUGAAGCCUCAGUCUAGCUCCACCCUUAACUUAUCCCCCAUGGUCCUAGGCCCCUUUGAUGACAGCACUGGGGGCCCUUCCCAUGCACACCUGAUGUGCCCUGAAAGGAGCACUGGCUAGUAGGUAGGAGGCCUGACUCCAACACUGCUGGGGCCCAGCAGUGCUAAUGAGCUUAACCCUCAAGAGGCCAGGCAGGAAGCCCCAGAGGAAACCAGUGUCAGCCUAACACCAUACAGCCCAGGCUAAAAACCCUGGCUCUCAAGGAUCCUGUCUUUCUUGCUAACUUAGGGGUCAGGUUUUUGGUUGGGAGAUUGUGAUCUAGGUUGGGCAGGCCCCUGCAGGAGGCUGAAAAAAAAUCACAGGUCAGAAUACUAGUGUGGACUGGCUGACCUGAGGAAGACCUUAGCUACUCAGAGUCACUUUCCUGCAUGGUUGCAGGCUCUCUGGCAGCUACCCUACCCUCCCUAAGCAAGGGAAGGAACUAGCAUCCCUAGGUCUUUUUGUUCUGGGAGACUUAGGUAGACAUCCUUGAGAAGUAGUGAGGAAAGUCUAAUGGCCUCCGAAUUUCUGCCAGGCAAUGAAGUCCUGGAACUCCCCUUCUUCCUGUGCUAAUGUGAAACAACAGCCAUUUUUAAGUGCCCACUGGGUAUCAGGACUGCUGUAAGAUCUGUAACAAAACAACUGUCAAUACUUCUGUGAACAAGGUGAAAAAGCCCUUCUCAGAGGAGUAAACAGGUUUAGAAAAUUAGACUAUCUUUUGCCUGACUUACUUGUCUCUACGGACAUGAGCUUGAGAUAUAUCUAGGGCAUCCUGUGAGGCUGCCGUGUACCUAGAAGUGGCUAGCAGAAUAGAAAGGCACAGGGAUGGGCACCACCCUGCAGUGAGGAAGCUCACAUUGGCCUUCCCCCUGGCUUCACCUGGCUCAUAGCCACUCCUAGGAAGGCCUCACCCUCCCAGUGGCUUCUUCUUGUCCUCUUCAAACGAUAGCCCAAACUCUACCUCUUGGCACACACAGCCUAGGUCCUACCUCAUCUAGCCUCUUUUGCUUCUGUGCUUGGCUCAGUCUCCUCUUCCAGAUAUCCUAAGCCAUGCAGUGUUCUCACACAGGCAGUGUUAUUUCAUGCCUGUGCCUUCCCUGAUGCUUCUUCCCUGGCCCAUCUCCCGGCCUGGUUGACUUAGCCAUCUCCUGCUUGAUUUUGAAACCAAUCAUAUUUCCUGGAACCUUUUCAUGACACCACCUCUAUCCCUCUGGGUUUGGUGUCCCUCCUGUGCUCCCAUGGGACACAAGGCUUCCUGCAGUUACGUCACAGUCGCUCUAAUUCUCCCUGUGUGUUUGUUUCCCCUGUGAUCUGCAGAAGGCAGGAUCUUUCUUCCCCUUUCUCAUAAAGGUGGUUUCGAGGGCGAGUCUAUUUUUUUUUUUUUUUUUGAAAAGCAAUGGCAUUUCCUACCUACCGUUGGAAGGGCCAGGGCUCUGGAUGGAAAGAGCAUGGGACAGAUAAGGACUAACAGCUGGGAACUCAGGUUCCGUGGCUUCAUCCUGCUGCUCACCUUCCUCAUCUAUGUCUGUUAUCACAUGUCCAGAAAGCCCAUCAGCAUCAUUAAGAGCCGCUUGCACCAGAACUGCUCAGAUAUUGUCAGACCCAUUAAUGACACCCACGAUCUCAACGAUACCACCUGGUGCAGCUGGAGUCCGUUCGACAAGGAUGACUACAAGGAGCUACUGGGAGCUGUGGACAAUGCCUUCCUAGUGGCUUAUGCCAUUGGCAUGUUUAUUAGUGGAAUCUUUGGGGAGCGGCUGCCCCUGCGUUACUACCUCUCAGCUGGAAUGGUGCUCAGUGGCCUAUUCACCUCCCUCUUCGGCCUGGGAUACUUCUGGAAUAUCCACAUGCUCUGGUACUUCGUGCUCAUCCAGAUCUGCAAUGGCCUUGUUCAGACUACGGGCUGGCCGUCUGUGGUGACCUGUGUUGGCAACUGGUUUGGGAAGGGAAAGCGGGGAUUCAUCAUGGGCAUCUGGAACUCCCACACAUCUGUGGGCAAUAUUCUGGGCUCCCUGAUCGCUGGAGUCUGGGUGAACCAGCACUGGGGAUUGUCAUUCAUCGUGCCUGGCAUUAUCACUGCUGUCAUGGGCGUCAUCACCUUCCUCUUUCUUAUUGAGUACCCAGAAGAUGUGGACUGCACCCCUCCCCAGCACCAUGAUGACCUGGAGAAGGAACGGGACAACCCUGAGGAUCCUGUGAACAGUCCCUACAGCAGCAGGGAAAGUAGUGUGGACAUUGCAGCCAGUUCCUCCAAGGAGCAGGGCCCUGAGCCUGAAGCCAUCAGUUUCCUGGGAGCACUCAAAAUCCCGGGUGUGAUAGAGUUCUCUCUAUGUCUGCUCUUCGCCAAGUUGGUCAGCUACACCUUUCUCUACUGGCUGCCCUUGUACAUCUUCAACGUGGCUCACUUUAGUGCCAAGGAGGCUGGGGACCUAUCCACGCUCUUUGAUGUUGGUGGCAUCAUAGGUGGCAUCAUGGCAGGGCUCAUCAGCGACUACACCAAUGGCAGGGCCACCACUUGCUGCGUCAUGCUGAUCUUGGCUGCUCCCAUGAUGUUCCUGUACAACUACAUUGGCCAGAAUGGGAUAACCAGCUCCAUAGUGAUGCUGAUUAUCUGUGGGGUCCUGGUCAAUGGCCCUUAUGCACUCAUCACCACAGCUGUCUCUGCUGACCUGGGCACACACGAGAGCCUGAAGGGCAACGCCAAGGCCCUCUCCACUGUCACGGCCAUCAUUGACGGCACCGGCUCCAUAGGUGCGGCUCUGGGGCCCCUGCUGGCCGGGCUCAUCUCCCCCACAGGCUGGAACAAUGUGUUCUACAUGCUCAUCUCUGCCGACAUCUUGGCUUGCUUGCUCCUCUGCAGGUUGGUGUACAAAGAGAUCCUGGCCUGGAAGACGGCCCGCAGCAGAAACAGUGGGUACAAACAAAUCUGAGGCCUUGAUUGGAAGAACAGUAUAGGCCAUCCCUGCCGGGCACCCAAUGUGCUUCUUAUGAGCAAGAGAAUGGAAACUUCUGUCACAGUGUCACAGCGUGAGGCAAAGCCUCCUGAUCUGACCGGUCCAGCCCAAAGCUACACUGCCACUAAGGAAGGGUACCGAAAACUCUACGGGAAGGGACUGCUGAGCGCCAAGCAUGGGAAAAUGGCAAACCGAGCUGAAAGCAGAAAGGAAGGGCACAUUCAGACUCUUGCUUGUCUGGAUUCCGAGCGGGAGCAAGGCCUGGAAAAGGUGCAUCUCUCCGUCCCAUGUUAACUUAUAACCUCAGUAAUCACCCUGUACCAGUGAGGGAUUUCACCUGGCUUCCAGGGUGCCAGGCCUCUCUCUCGUCUCUGUCCAUGAAUUACCCUUCUUCCUGUAUUUCCCCGAGGAGGACCCUCUUGAUCUACCCUCCACGUGAUCCUGUUGGAACUCAGCCUCUUAGAAGCAUUAGCAUUGGCCUUGCAGAGCAAGGCUUGGGUGGGGUGAGGGAGCUGUCAUGAGGACUGAAGUGGAGGGGCUCGCUCUCGGCUCCUGACCAUGGCCACUCUCGGAGUCCAGUACCUCCCUUGCCUCACCCUGAAGACACCUCAGUGGAUGAAGACAUUGGGGUCAGUGCUCUGAAAGCUAAGGGGUGUUGUGCACAAUGGCAACUACCAAUGCGUAUUAAGUGCUGGAUGCUCCCGUCCUGGCAGCGCUCCUGUAAGAACGAACAGGAAGUGGCUGUGGACCGGCCUUAACCCUGAGCACAGGUGCCAGGUUUAGCAAGAAAUGAAGAUCCUAGUAACUGGUACUGAGCAGCCGCUCAGAGCCAUCUCGUGCCCACCUCCCGCCUGGCGUUCUGAUGCACGCACCUUCCACUCUUGAGCCCUGGCUCACGACAUGCCAGGCCGACUCCCGGCAUUUCCGCCUGACCUCUAAGCUGCCCAUCAGCACCAACACAGACGUCCUUUGCCAACUGUGCCUCUGUUUAUCUGUGGCAAGGCCUAGCAGAGCAGCAGCCCUGGGGCUCCUGAAGCACUGUCACAUGAACAACAAAGAUUGGUGAUCUGGGACUGUGACAGCUGGCAUUCCCAGAGGGCAUUAGCCAUGACAUUGAUAACACCUGCAAUACAGCAGGACUCUAGACCCCCAUACAAAAUACAUCCACUGCAUCGUCCACUGAGACGUCGCGUCGGUCAGUGUGGGAGCUGGACACUCUGGCCUCAACAAUAAAAUAUAAAGCUCA